AAUUUAAUAUGCUCCUAUGAACUUCACAUGUUGGUGCUCAUGGGUCCUUUUACGUGGAAAUUAGUAAAAACGUCUAUGGGUGAAGUGAAAGUAGGCAAGGGUUAAGGUUGUUAAAACAGAAAAAAGUUGACGGUUAUGCAUAAAAAACUUCACAGUUAAGUUUAUGUAAUGGUUAAGGUAUGGGAUAAAACAUUUUUACAAAUCAUGAUUGCCUGGCACUGGAAUUGAACUUGUGAUCCUCAGAGCCAAAGUACACAGUUUAAGCCCAUCCUCUAUCCCCCUCCACAACACUGUAGCAAGCUGCGAGCCUACUAGAUGGUAAUACGUGCUCACAUUGCCCCUAGUGGACAACAUUGACGGCAUCGCCCAACGUCCUGGGGACCUGGAGAAAUGUUGAAUACUGAAGUCUAUCUGGGGUGAUCUUGCUGGGGUCACAGCCCAAUAAACAUUUAGGAGCAACUGGAUAACAAAUGCAGGGAGGUCUUUGCACACUCCCUGUAUCUUUGCUCUAACCCAAAUGCAUGCACUAUCACAACAGCUGUAUAUCCUCAAUGACAUGCAUUUGCAAGGUUUGGCUCAUUGAGCGACUGUAAACCAAACAUGACUGACAGACAGUGAGCCAAGACCUUGCAGGAGAGGCAUUCCUGAUGUGACGAGAGUAAACACUGAGAGACAUCCAUCACAGGCCAUUUACUGACACGUCUGAUCAAAUACAGAGGGAAGUUCGUUCUCUUCCAUAUCCUCUUGGUAAUUCCACUACAGCAAAUAAAUCAGGGACAAUACGGAAGUCUCCCCUUUGUCUCUCUCUGCUGUCCAGCUGUUUUCUGGUCAGCAGAGAGAAAAACUCAACUGUCAUUGUGAUGAAAAUUGAAGUCUUCCUUUCCUUUGUAGAUAAAAGUAGGUUUCUUAUAAGAAACAUACAAGAAUUCUAAAAAUACUGCCGUCUCAUGUGUGUGUGUGUGUUUGUGUGUGACACUAAUCCAAGUUUUAUUUCAGUCUCUUUCUAGGUAGUAGCCUUGGAAGCCACAUUCUCAAACAAACAAAGAGAAACAUAACAGUGUAGAUACAGGGAGAGCUCAGAGUAGAAGACAAAGAGCGGGAGAGGUAGGGUGAGACGGGAGAGAGGGAGGAGAGAAAGAGCAUGCAAGAGAGCCAGAGUCUCCCAGUAGACUGAGAAGAGGCGGCAGCUGCAGACGUUUGGGAGCUAUGGAGCUAAAGUCUUUCUGCAAACAGUCAGGAAAUCUUUGAAGGCCGGACCAACAGACGAGGGUGACAGAGAGAAGUCUGUAGCGAUGGAGGAUUUCUGGGCCAUGGUGCUGGCAGGGCUGAAGGUGUGGACCUACCUCAUUGUGGCUCUUCUCAUGGUGCCCGCCAUGUUUGGCUUCUCCCUGGGAAUCUCUGAGACAUACAUGAAGAUCCUGGUCAAAAUGCUGGAGUGGGCCACGUUGAGGAUCCAGACAGUCAAUAAAGAGCAGCAGAUACUCAAAUCCUCCUCAUUCAAUGGCCUCGUCCAGAGGGAUGAUGGUUCUAUGGAGGAGGAGCUGGGGGAGUUAAGGCGCAGUCGCCCAAAACCACCAGUCGGGGGAGACUUCACCCUCAGCGACUGUUUCUACUUCUACAGACGAGGCAUCGAGGAUAUUGUAGAGGAUGAGGUGACCCAGCGGUUUUCGUCAGAGGAGCUGGUGUCGUGGAACCUGCUAACUCGGACUAACAUCGACUUCCAGUACAUCAGCCUCAAACUGACCAUGGUCUGGGGCCUGGGCGUGUUCAUACGCUACUGCAUCCUGGCUCCGCUCAGGAUCAUGUUGGCAUCUAUAGGCCUGACCUGGCUGGUGAUCGGAACCACUGCUGUAGGAUUCCUCCCUAACUGGAGGCUCAAGUCCUGGCUGAGUGAGUGGGUCCAUGUGAUGUGCUACAGGAUCUGUGCUCGAGGCCUCUCCUGCACCAUCCACUACCAUAACAAAGAAAACAGACCCAGAAAAGGAGGAAUCUGUGUGGCCAAUCACACCUCCCCGAUUGAUGUUGUCAUUCUCUGCAAUGAUGGGUGUUACGCCAUGGUGGGCCAGUCGCAUGGUGGUCUGAUGGGAGUGCUGCAGAGGUCCAUGGCGAGGUCCUGUCCUCACAUCUGGUUUGAGAGAGCUGAUAUGAAAGAUCGCCACCUAGUGACCAAGAGGUUGAGAGAUCACGUGAAUGACAAGACAAAGCUUCCUAUAUUGAUCUUUCCAGAAGGGACCUGUAUCAACAACACAUCUGUCAUGAUGUUCAAAAAGGGAAGUUUUGAAAUCGGAGGAACAAUAUACCCAGUAGCUAUAAAGUAUGACCCUCAGUUUGGGGAUGCAUUCUGGAACAGCGCCAAGUACAACAUGGUGAGCUACCUGCUCAGGAUGAUGACUAGCUGGGCUAUAGUCUGUAAUGUCUGGUACCUGCCAGCCAUGCACCAACAGGAAGGGGAGGAUGCUGUCCAGUUUGCCAACCGAGUCAAGUCUGUCAUCGCACAUCAGGGGGGACUAGUGGACCUGUCCUGGGACGGAGGCCUAAAGAGGGCAAAGGUGAAGGACACGUAUAAAGAAGAGCAGCAGAAGAAAUACAGCAGCAUGGUGGUGGGGGGUGAGGAGGACCGCAGCAGUAACGGCGACUGACACCCUCCUCUACUGUAUGAAAAGGACCGCUCAUUCUCUAGCAACCUACAGCGCGACCGCUGGAGACGAGAGUUUUACUUUGGCAGUGGUCACAUCACAUUUCGGUUUCUCCAAUGAUCACGCAGUGUCAAAACAUAUUUUGCUUUCACAUUCACAGUGUAUAGAAGGGGACGUAGGCCCAUCCAAAAGCUCUUAUCAGGGAGUUUGGACAGGAGCUGGCCAUCACUGCCUGAAUACUCCACUACUGACUACUACUGACAACCACGGACUAGACCUCCAUCGUGUGAACGAACCAUUCAGUGAUGUAACAUUGAGAGUGUGUUUGUGUCUGUAGAGGAUGAUAACUGAUAAGCCAAUGGCAUUACAAGAGGAAGGACUCUCGUGUACUGUGAUGACACAAGUGCAGUGGAACUGUAAAGGAGAUGAGGUGGCAGGUCCAAUAGCAUCCGUUUUGGAUUUGAAUAGCUCUUUCUUGUGCUGCUAUGAAACACUGUUCUAAUUAUCUGCUGGAAAAUGACUGUAAAAUCCUGUGUUAAGGCAUUACAAUAAAUGGAUAACCUUGUGAAUAGUA